ACUUUGAACUAUCAUCCAAAGUUUAAAAAUUUUCUUUGUAAAACCCGACCUUCUUGUCCCUCUUUUUGUACCUUGAAACAAUCUACAAUUGUUUAUAGAAAAUCUAAUAGUUUCAAGAAAACAAUGGCAUCUCUAUCAAUGGAGACUAACUUCAUCAGUGUUGUUGAUGAUGAUCACAAACAUAUUAGCCAUAAAAUUUCUGGUGUACACAUUCUUGUUAAUACUUUGAGUAAAUGGGUGGUUGCUUUAACUCUUGGUGGAUUCAUAAUCUUUAGGCAUGAUGCUCUCGCGUUGUGGGCUGCGACAGGGUCUGUUUCAAAUUAUAUACUAUCAAUAGCAUUGAAGCGCGUCUUGAAACAAAAGCGACCUGUUUCUGAUGAGGGUUUAGGUCCCGGAAUGCCAUCUUCACAUGCCCAAACUGUAUUUUUCACUCUUGUAUUCGUGAUUGUUUCGGUGAUCGAACGGAUGGGACUGAGUGGAGCUACGAUGGCUCUUGGCAUCCUUCUUGUAGCCAUCGGUUCAUAUUUUUCAUGGUUACGGGUUUUACUAGGCUAUCACACCUCCAGCCAAGUCUUCGUCGGCACAAUUGUGGGAUCAAAUGUUGCGAUCUUAUGGUUUUGGGCAUGGGAAGCAAUUGUUUCUAAGGCCUAUAACUCGAAUCCGUGGGUUCAAAUCCUUCUUAUGAUUGGAGUUGUGUGUUAUUACUUAGUGUUUAUUUUUUAUAUUCUUUGGCAUUUGAUAAAAGAUUAAUAUCUAUUAUCUUCAUACCAAAAUAAUGCCACGACCAGUUAUAGUGUUUGUAUAUAAACAUGAAACCAUUUAUUUAUGGUUGUAAUGACAAUGUUGGUAAUAUAUUAAAACUUAGUUUGGUAUC